UUUACCCGAUUGCAGAUACAAAUACCUCACCCUUUUGCAAGGAUCAGUCUUUGCCCUCCCUUCCGAUCUCCCCUUUCUUCACGGCCCACAUUCGCAAUCCCUAAAUCAGGUAAUUCAUCACCCUCUACAUUGGGAUCAUAUCUAUUUCAAUCUUGUUUCCCCCCGUAUAUUUAUGAUCGAGAUAAAAAAUUUCUUGGUUUCGUUUUGACAAUUUCGAUUAGAAUUUAGGGUCAAUCAGCAAUUUUUUUGGCGAAUUAUGGGUUAUGUGGGAUCGUUUAGGACAAAUGGUAUUGGAGAGGCCCUGCGUUCUCCUCUCUUUCAAUGUAGUAGACGAAAAUGGGAAGAGAAAGGGUUUUGGGUUUGUUCAGUUUGACAAAGAGGACUCAGCUACGGUUCCUGCUAGCUUAUGCUGUGGACUUUAUACACAGGGUUGGUCGUACAGCCAGAGCUGGUCAAUAUGGACUUGUGACUAGCAUGUAUACAGAAUCUAACCGUGACCUGGUUGCUGCAGUUCGUAGAGCAGGAGAACUUGAUCUGCCUGUGGAGAUGGCAUUUAGCAGGAAAAGAAGCUUUGGAAAUAAGCUUAAGAAAAAAGGUAAAAAUUCAGAUCUUCAACUGUCCAAAACUCAGGAUUACAAAGUUGAGAUAGAAAUCAAGCGUACAUGCUGAUUUCUAUCUCAGUUUGAUCAAAUCGUGCUCUUGCUGGUGCAAAUUGUUACAACCAUGAUCAGGCUCUUGGAAGAAUAUGCUAACUUGAAAGGGCUUCAAGAUGGACAUUCCAGACAAGAAGCGGAAAUGUUUGCAAUACUUAGCCAUAAACACAGAAAUGAUCCUCUCAAAAUCAAGGAAAUCAUUACCAUGGUUGCCAACAGUCUAACAAGUUUCCUGAAUUUAGAGAUUUGAGUUCAAGUUUCCUUUGAAGAAGGAUGGAACAACAACUGCUUCAAUCUUAAUUCUCUUCUUUUAAGUAAUCACAGUUGACUUGUUUUAAUGCAUACACCAAACUGCUAUUGGAACAAAUAUAGGAAUUGAACACUGUUGUAUGCUCUUCUUUCAUUUCCGGUUUCUAUUGGUCAAUGUAGCAUGUGACGGGGUUUAUUCCCAAGUUAUGAGUUCUUGAAGUUUGUAUUUCAUAUGAUCACCGUUUGUGAUAGAAGCUCAUCAAACUUUUGAUAAAAAUCAAACAUGGUUAUAGUAA